GAGUGUCAUUUUAGCAGCACUCCACUCUGCACGAGUGGCAUAUUCCUGUCUGGAUCGUACAGGAUUACCUAACUAACAGAGAGCACAUACUUAAAGGAUAUCCGUUUCUAAUGUGCAAUAUGACUUUUGAAGAACCGUGUGGAGACAACGCAACGGAAAGAAUGGACACGGUUGAAAAGGCACUGGAAGAGGUUCUGACUGCUGCAUUACCUCAGGGAUGCAUCACUGUGGGAGUUUAUGAGGCAGCGAAGUCACUUAAUGUGGACCCAGACAACGUGGUCUUAUGUCUGCUGGCCACAGAUGAGGAGGAUGUGAAAGAUGUCGCGCUCCAGAUUCACUUCACCUUGAUCCAAGCGUUCUGUUGCGAGAAUGACAUCAAUAUCUUGCGAGUGAACAACAUGAGACGUCUGGCAGAGAUCCUGGAGGGUGUGAAACCGGGAGGAGAGUCGAUGGACCUACACUGUGUGUUAGUCACCAAUCCGCAGUCAUCCACGUGGAAGGAUCCAGCCCUCAGCAAACUAAAUCGAUUCUGCAGAGACAGCCGGGGUUUGGACCAGUGGGUGCCGGUUAUCAAUCUCCCCGAACGAUGAACAGAAGUGGACAAACAAUGUCACCGCUUUUACGGGCUACUGCACUAGAUUCGUGCUCUGGAUGAAGCUUAAUGCCAGUGAGAAUGAGACAUGAGGGGGAUUAAUGAAAUUCAAUGGAUGAAAUGUAUUCCAGCAAACCCAAUGAUCAGAAGUGUGGAUUUUGUGUGUCAUGCUGGACGGUCGAUUCAUGGUUUCACCUCAGAGCAGGAAGAAUGACUCAGCACUAUGUUCGCAGUGCUGCCAGGGAAUGACAAGUCCCGCAGUUUGCCGGGAAACGAGACUGUACAGGAAACUGAAUCACACAUGCUGGAUUAGAGGACUAGGAGUGAGCUGAGAGACCGGAGUGAGUCCAACUGGAAUCUACUCAAUGAAAUGUGAUCGGACUGUCGCAGAUCAGAUGGACUGUUAAAUGUUGGGCAUGACCCUUUUGCAGACACGCUGCAAUUUAAAGAGAACUUAUGAUAUUAAUGCUGUCCUGUAUUAUAAUUAUUUAAAAGGGAAUAUACAACAUUCUUUAUUGAUUUAGAUAGAAAUGAGUUCCUUGUUUUCUUUUUAACUAUACUGGAAUAUGUUCUCUGUAUUUUAAACUGUUAAUUUAUUAAUUUUAUUUAUGUUGUUGCUUUCAUCCUCAGAUAUUGUUAAAAAUAAAAUGUCUGACCCAUG